GUGCAGAGUGACUUGUCUCCCAGACAGUGGCUCAGCCUUCAGGACUCUCUUCCAGCAUGGCCGAAGACACCUAUUCACACAAGAUGGUAAAAACAAAUCAUAGGCGCUGUCGCACAAAAUUCACAGAAGAACAGUUGAAAAUCCUCAUCAAUACCUUCAAUCAAAAGCCUUACCCAGGUUAUGCUACCAAACAAAAACUUGCUUUAGAAAUCAAUACAGAAGAGUCCAGAAUCCAGAUUUGGUUUCAGAAUCGAAGAGCUAGGCACGGAUUCCAGAAAAGACCAGAAGCUGAGACUUUAGAAUCAAGCCAGAGCCAGGGGCAAGAUCAACCUGGUGUGGAGUUUCCAAGUAGAGAAGCCAGACGGUGUCGUACCACCUACAGCGCCUCUCAGUUACACACUCUCAUCAAGGCAUUUAUGAAAAACCCAUAUCCUGGGAUUGAUUCCAGAGAAGAACUUGCUAAAGAAAUCGGUGUUCCAGAGUCAAGAGUCCAGAUUUGGUUCCAAAAUCGAAGAUCUAGAUUACUUCUCCAGAGAAAAAGGGAACCUGUGGCGUCCUUAGAACAAGAAGAGCAGGGCAAGAUUCCUGAGGGACUGCAAGGUGCAGAAGAUACACAAAAUGGCACCAACUUCACUAGUGACUCCCAUUUCUCUGAAGCCAGAACGUGGUGAACACAGUCAAAUUCAGUGUACUUGAUAAUAUCAACUGGGCCCCAAAUCUGUCUCACAGUCUUCCUGGGAGUCUAUCCUUCUGCUGAAACUGCAAGCUAAGCCUUCUGAAGAUGGUAAAGGACUUGGCCAGAUGUGGUGGCUCACACUUGUAAUCCCACUACGUUGGGAGGCCAAGGCAGGAAGAUUGCUUGAGCUCACUCAGGAGUUUGAAACCAGCCUGGACAACAUAUAGCAAGACUCUGCCUCUAUUAUAAAAAAACAAAAUAAAUGAAAAGGACUGUAGGAGGCAGAGACGGGUACAGGGGGUACCACACUACCCUGUUGACACAGCCUAGAUCCAGAGUUCAGAAGACCUUGAGACAAUGAAAAUAAACUUGGUAAUAAUCUUUUUUCAAUCAUCACAGUAAUUAUUGAUUUGUACAAAAAUCACUUGACGUCGUAACCUUAAAGUGACACUGCUCUGCCUAUGGAGUAGCUGUUCUUUUAUUCCUUUACUUUCUUAACAAAUUUGCUUUCACUUAAAAAAAAACCUUUAAGUUCAAGGAAGAACAAGAUAUAUACUUCAUCUCAAAGAAUCUACUCACACACACUUAUUAAUUACAAAAGGAAAAUCAGUAAUUUUACAGCAGAGAAAUAUGGCCAACUCCACCUUAACCAAGUGGCUGAAAGUCACUGCACCAGUAAUGGCACAAACCAAUGUGAGAUGCUUCCUGAUAUGAUACAGUAAGAAGGCCACAGUCUCUUCUGCGUGUUAGUGACAAAAGGUGGGUAAGCUGAAACUAAUAAUUAGGCAAUGUCAAGUGAACACAAAUUCAGGAUGACAGACUGCAAAGUAACAUCCAUGUAUUCUUCAACAAUGGAUUGAUCAGGGCUACUCAGAAGGCUGAGGCAGAAGGAUUGCUUGAGGCCAGGAGUUCCAGAUCAGCCUGGGCAACAUGAUGAGACCCCAUCUCUACAAACAAUUUUUAAAAAAUGAGCCAGGUGUGGUAGUGUGCAUCUGUAGUCUCAGCAACUCAGGAGCCUGAGGCAGGAGAAUGGUUUGAACACAGGGAUGGUGAGGCUGCAGUGAGCUAUGAUCGUGCUACUGCACUCCAGCCUGGGCGACACAGCAAGUUCUUGUUUCCAAACAACAGCAAAACAAAACAAAAAAAAUGGAUAGAAUAAUGACCAAAAAAUGGAGAAAAAGUAGGCUGACUCAGGAAACACUUAGAAAGUACAGCCAUACCUCAAAGAUAUUGUGGAUUGGGUUGCAGACCACCACAAUAAAGCAAAUAUUGCUAUAAAGUGAGUCA